AUGGCCCCGGUGUUGGAAAAGAAGGUGCAGCAGGGAGCAGCGGGAAGUGAGAACUUCAUGAUGGAGAUGAACAGCGAGGAGGAGGAAGGACAAAAUCUCUGGUCUUCAAUCCUGAGUGAAGUUUCCACACGCUCCAACUCCAAACUGCCUUCUGGAAAGAACAUCCUCGUGUUUGGUGAUGAUGGGUCAGGUAAGACAACGUUGAUGACGAAACUACAGGGAGUCGAACACAACAAAAAAGGCAGAGGGCUCGAGUACCUGUACCUGAACGUCCACGACGAAGACAGAGAUGACGUGACGCGGUGUAACGUGUGGAUCCUGGAUGGAGAGGUGUACCACAAAGGUCUGCUGAAGUUUGCCAUGUCCUCCGAGUCCCUGCAGGACAGCGUAGCCGUGUUCGUGGUGGACAUGUCCAGACCCUGGUGCACCAUGGAGUCCCUGCGGAAAUGGACCGGUGUGCUCAGAGAACACCUGGACAAGCUGAGGAUCCCACCAGAGGAGAUGAGGGAGAUGGAGCAGAGGAUGGUAAAGGCGUUUCAGGAGUACGUAGAACCGGAGGAGGCGAUCCCGUCUUCCCCUCAGAGACGAAGCGCUCCCGCUGUAGGAGACGACGAAUCGGUGCUGCUUCCUUUAGGAGAAAAUGUCCUCACACACAACCUGGGAAUCCCAGUGCUCAUCGUCUGUACAAAGUGUGAUGCAGUGACCGGGCUGGAGAAAGAUUACGACUACAAAGAGGAACAUUUCGACUUUAUUCAGUCCCACCUCCGGCGAUUCAGCCUUCAGUAUGGAGCUGGCUUGAUUUACACGUCUGUAAAAGAGGAAAAGAACCUGGACCUUCUGCACAAAUACAUAGUGCACAAACUGUACAACAUACAGUUCACCUCACCGGCCUCGGUAGUGGAGAAAGAUGCUGUGUUUAUUCCUGCCGGCUGGGACAACGAGAAGAAAAUCGGCAUCUUGCAUGAGAACUUCACCACGGUCAGACCUGAAGAUCAGUUUGAGGAUUUUAUCAUCAGACCGCCAGUACGGAAGUUGGUUCACGAUAAGGAAAUAAAUGCAGAAGAUGAGCAGGUCUUUCUCAUGAAGCUACAGUCAUUGUUAGCCAAGCAGCCAGCCACUCCAACGAGAGGAACGGAAUCUCCUGCACGGGCAUCGUCCGGUUCUCCACGACCCGCUGGACGCCCCGGACCCACAAACGUGGCCAGUGUGUCGCCCAUGACGACGGUGAAAAAACCGGAUCCCAACAUGAAAGGAGCCGCUGCUAACGAGGGGGUGCUGGCAAACUUCUUCAACAGCCUGUUGAGUAAAAAGACCGGAGCGCCGGGGAGUCCGAACGCUCCAGCAACAGUAGCAGCAGUUCAGGGAUCCACCAAGAAACCAGGGCAGAAGCCGGCUCUGAGUGAGGUACAGGCGGAGCUGGACCGCAUGACCCAGAAAUCCGACUCCACCGUCACGUCCAAUCACAGCGCAACGCCCGAGAACCAGGCCUGAACCUUCAACACACUCUGGAUCCACCAUAAACCGUUAUAAACCUUCAUUAACCAUUAUGACCAAA